UAUGGUUGGACCCUGGAAAUGGGAUGUCAGUCCCGUUCAGGGAGCAUAAAGGAAGAAAGAAAAUCUCCCAGUUGCUGCCGCUGUGACAGCGAGUGAGAGCAAGAGCAGGAAAAUGUCGACAGUCACAUCAGCAAUCCAGGCUCCUCAGGGCCCUGUGAAUCCGCCGCCUCCGGAGGUCACUAAUCCUAAUAAGCCUGGCCGGAAGACCAACCAAUUGCAGUAUAUGCAAAAUGUUGUGGUAAAGACCUUGUGGAAGCAUCAGUUUGCCUGGCCUUUCUACCAACCUGUUGAUGCAAUUAAAUUGAAUUUGCCGGAUUAUCACAAAAUAAUAAAAAACCCCAUGGACAUGGGGACGAUCAAGAAGCGCCUGGAACAUAACUAUUACUGGAGUGCCAGUGAAUGUAUGCAGGAUUUCAACACCAUGUUUACAAAUUGUUACAUUUAUAACAAGCCCACAGAUGACAUCGUCCUCAUGGCUCAAGCCCUGGAGAAGAUAUUUCUGCAGAAGGUUGCCCAGAUGCCUCAGGAGGAAGUCGAAUUAUUACCCCCAGUUCCUAAAGGCAAAGGUCGCAAGCCGUCAGCAGGCACGCAGAGUGCAGGAGCGCAGCAAGCCGUGGCCGUGUCUUCCGUCUCCCCGCCGGCCCCGUUCCAGAACGUCCCUCCAGCCGUGUCUCAGACGCCCGUCAUUGCUGCCACCCCUGUGCCAACCAUCACUGCUAAUGUCCCGCCUGUCACUGCCCCUCCCGCCGCUGCUCCCCCUCCGCCUGCUGCUCCGAUCAUGCCCGUGGUGCCUCCUACGCCACCGGUAGUCAAGAAAAAGGGAGUGAAGCGGAAAGCAGACACAACAACCCCCACCACCUCGGCGAUCACUGCCAGCCGAAGCGAGUCACCCACGCCCCUCUCGGACCCCAAGCAGGCCAAAAUCAUCGCGCGACGGGAGAGCGGCGGCCGGCCCAUCAAACCACCAAAGAAAGACCUUGAAGAUGGAGAGGUCCCCCAGCACGCAGGGAAGAAGGGCAAACUCUCUGAGCACCUCAAGUACUGUGACAGCAUUCUCAAGGAGAUGCUCUCGAAGAAGCAUGCAGCCUAUGCAUGGCCCUUUUACAAGCCUGUUGAUGCAGAGGCCUUGGAAUUACAUGACUAUCAUGAUAUUAUCAAACACCCCAUGGAUCUCAGUACUGUUAAAAAAAAAAUGGACAGUCGGGAAUACCAGGAUGCACAAGGUUUUGCAGCAGAUAUUCGGUUAAUGUUCUCUAAUUGUUACAAGUACAAUCCUCCAGACCACGAAGUGGUAGCGAUGGCCAGGAAGCUUCAGGAUGUCUUUGAGAUGAGGUUCGCCAAGAUGCCCGAUGAGCCUGCAGAGGCCCCGCCUCCACCUCCACCAACAGCACCCGUGGUGAGCAAAAGCACAGAGAGCAGUCACAGCAGUGAGGAGAGCUCUUCCGACUCGGAUAGCUCGGACUCAGAAGAAGAGCGAGCGACUCGGCUGGCAGAGCUCCAGGAACAGCUAAAGGCCGUCCAUGAGCAGCUAGCUGCAUUGUCACAAGCACCAGUGAACAAACCAAAGAAAAAAAAAGAAAAGAAGGAAAAAGAGAAGAAAAAGAAAGAUAAAGAAAAGGAAAAAGAAAAGCACAAAGUCAAAACUGAGGAGGAGAAAAAACCCAAGGUGGCUCAACCACCAAAACAAACCCAACAGAAGAAAGCCCCAGCUAAGAAAGCAAACAGCACAACCACAGCUAACAGGCAGCCCAAGAAAGGAGGCAAACAGGCAUCUGCAACCUACGAUUCAGAUGAGGAGGAGGAAGGUCUGCCCAUGACUUACGAUGAGAAACGACAACUCAGCUUGGACAUCAACCGCCUGCCCGGGGAGAAGCUGGGCAGGGUGGUGCACAUCAUCCAGUCACGGGAACCUUCCCUCAGAGACUCCAAUCCCGACGAGAUAGAAAUAGAUUUUGAAACAUUGAAGCCCACAACUUUACGAGAACUGGAGAGAUACGUGAAAUCUUGUUUACAGAAAAAACAGAGGAAACCAUUUUUUUCAGAAAUUGUGCAUUCCUCCUCCACAGCUGCAAGUGGAAAAAAGCAAGCAGCAAAGUCAAAAGAAGAGUUAGCUCAGGAAAAGAAGAAAGAACUAGAAAAACGGUUACAGGAUGUCAGUGGGCAGUUAAACAACAACAAGAAACCUGCAAAGAAAGAGAAAUCCGGCUCGGCUCCCUCCGGAGGCCCUUCCCGGCUCAGCAGCAGCAGCUCCUCGGAGUCUGGGAGCAGCAGCUCCAGCGGCUCCAGCUCAGACAGCAGCGAUUCGGAAUGAGUUACGGACACUUACACACAAAAUGGACAUCACCCUCACCAAUGCUCUGCAGUGUUCCUUUCUCUCGUUAAUAUACUGCUCUUGUUCCACGGUGGUCAGGUUUUUUUUUUUGUCUCCUUUCUCUGACUUUUUUUAUUUUAUUUUUUAAUUCAGUGUUAUAAAAGGUAUCUUCCAUUUUGGGGGGGGGGCUCUUUUAAUAGGUCAAAGAUCUUUGCGUGUGCGUGUGUGUGUGUGACUAGACUUUAUGACAAAUAGUUCCCUUUGCAUAAAGUCUCUAAAAUACUUUUUAACUGAAGAAGAUUGGUUGAAAAUGGAAGAAUUUGAACUCUUAGCAGGAGAUAAAUAGAAAGUUCUGCAGGGUUUGUAGUACAUUUCCCUCCUGCCCCUUCCCUCUCCCCAGAAUGUUCUCUUUUAAGAAGCCUGCCUGGCUCACACAAGGUAAAAAAAAAAUAAUCUUUUUUAAAAGAAAUCUCUGUAAAAUGGUACUGUAUCUGAAAGAUGUUAGCUUUUGAACUAGUUGGUGUAUUUGUUAUUAGCACUAGUAUUCUUAAUCUCGAAGUCUACAGUGUGAUAAAAAUGUCAGAUGCUAUGAUCUUUUUACAUAAAAACAAAAAA